AAAAUCGCUCUAUGACAUACUUCUUUAUUACGACGUGGAAAUCCGAUUUCAGAACCUUGGACAAUUCUGAUGUUCAACAACCAUUAACAGCCUUGAACUAAAAGCACUGGACAACCCGUCUUUACCUUUCAAUUAACAAAGAAAAUAUUGAAAUAUCGUUAUAAUUUUUCACAUAUCAACUUGAAAUCAGCACUAUUGACCAUGGAAUCCGCAAUGUCUCUCUCGCUCCGCAAGAAGGCAGUCCUCUUCAAAGACGGGCCGGACACUGUGGGUCACUUGAUGGAGGUCCAGACCGGUAAGAGCRCAAAAGACAAGACUCUGAAGCGCUACUCGCCAUGGAGGCGGAUUGUGAAGAAGAASGGCUCCAAGAAGGUGCAGGCCCACGAGAACACCAACCAAAGCAACAUUGCMCAUCUGAGUAAUGAGAACCKGGAGAAGUCUCAGUCCUUCUCCAACCUGUCCACCCUCAGCCUGGAGAAGUCUCAGUCCUGUGACAAGCUGUCCACCCAGGACCAGAGCACUCCAGCCAUCUCCAACAGCUCCAACAACGCCGCCUCGUCGGUCGAGAAGUUCCCCUUAUGCAACUCAAACACGGCCCCCGACACGCCCCAGAUGGUGACCGUCCAGGACCUCGACACGCCCAGGAGGCUGGUGAUGGUCCACGCUACAACCGGCAAGCUGCUGCGCUGCCUGGGUGAGUUCCUGUGCCGGCGCUGCCACCGGCUCCAGGACAUGUCUUCCAUGGACCCGGUGCUGUGGCUGCGGGUGGUGGACCGUUAUCUGCUGGACAACUGCUAUCAGAACCAGAGCUGCAUCAAUGCGGCCACUGUGGUCUUCCUCUACAUGUUGUGCCGCGAGGCGGUAUCCUCCGAGGUGGCCACCUUGCACGAGCUGCAUGCCGUGCUGCUCACCUGCUUCUACACGACCUGCUCCUACAUGGGCAACGAGAUCGCCUACCCCCUGAAACCCUUCCUGGUGGACACCUGCGGGCAGACCUUCUGGAUCCGCUGCAUGUCCAUCACCAAGCUGAUGAGUGACAAGAUGCUCCAGAUGAACACAGACCCCAACUUCUUCUCCCAGGUGUUUGCUACCCUGAAGAACGAGAGCCAGAAGGAGGAGAAGAAGAGCCGCCUGCUCAACGGUGUGUACAGCUCUCAGUGAGGGACCUAGGGUAGAGGGGCCAGGGGAGGGCGGGUGCCAACUACAGCCUGACAUUUCAAAAUGGGAGGGAGGAGGAUUGGUUGAGGGAGGGGGAAGAGGGUGAGCUUUGAUGAGAAAAUAUGUUUUAUAGAUUUUAAUGGUUAAUAUGAGGGUUAAUUUGGCUUGAAAGAGAACACAAAUCGGUAGCUAUGAAUGUGUGGAGGACUGAGGCUUUAGCUUACUAUCUACAGYAACAGCUGACUGRCUGAUGUGUGCACUGCCUACCACKGGAGGAUUGGAGGCACCUUUGAGUGACUGGGCUAKUGCUCACAUCACACUGAGGCUGCAGCCCACCAGCCUACUGUUCUGACUGUGGGAGAUGUGCACUUUCUACCACGAGAGGGAAGGAGGCACCCUUGAGUGACUGGACUAGUGCUCAGAUCAUGGUUGAACAGACAAGCUGCAUCCCUGGCGCUUUAGACAGUGAAGUGAACACCAAUGUUCCCCCACAGCAAGCACGGGACAGUUCUGGGGGACAGGGGUUUGUUUGAGGACCAUUGGUUCUGAUGAAUUUGAACGAACAGUGUGACUGUUUUGGAAUAAAAUGCUUUAUAUCAUUUAUUAAAAACA